UUUAGUCACGCUGUACGUUAUAGUGGCUACUCCACCGACGAUAUCAUGGGGAAAUCCAAGUCUAAAAAGGGUGGCAGCAAGGGAGCUGCCCCUCCUGCCAAGAAAUGUCUCUGUGAACACUUAUACAAAUGCGAUUGCGGGAAUCGACCGGAACGUCCUAGUAAGGGGCAUCGAUGGAAUCCCGAGACCCAGGAGUGGGGUGGAAAGGGUCACAAGCAAAAGGGAGGAUCCGGUCAAACAUCAGUUGUGGGCCAGGAGGCAAAAAUCACUGCGAAGGGAAAGACAGAGCUUGCUCAAUGGCAGAAACUUCCAUCCGGCAUUUUGAAAGAGUACUGCCAGAAACAAAAAAGACCGCCCCCGAAAUUCAAGGAACUCUUGAAUGACAGGCACUCAAAACCAAAUAAAUUCAAAUCUAGAGUCAUAGUACCAGAUCCGAAAACUAAUCGAGACAAGGAUCUAAUUUUUAUCCCAGCAAAGCAUGUCGCAAACGAGGAGCAAGCCAAAGAGGAAGCCGCAUUGCUGGCAUUGUUGCACCUUACGCCAAAACUUCCACACGAACGGAAAUUGCCAGAGCCAUAUCGAACUACAUGGAUGGCUGCGGUCGAGUCGCUGAAAAAUAGUAAAGCAAGUGGCACUCAAAGUGCUGAGACAAAUACAGCUAUAAAGGGACAAAGCAACAAUAACAAGAAAGGCGGCGACAAAGGUAGUCGCAAGGAACCCCUAAAGAAUGGAGGUGCCUCUGCCAAUACAAACUUGAGCCUUGGUWCCUCCUUCACAAGUUUAUCCGAAAAGCGCCUAAAUGCUGAUCAAAGACGACAUGCACGAAACGCAAGAAUUCGGAAACACGAAGCUGUCAGAAUGGCCAAUCGCGAUCAUCCUGUAUUUUUGUCGGCUAGGUUGCGAGAGCAGAUUCAAAAAAUUCUUCGCGGCGAUUUUGCAAGUUUGCUUAACGAAGAGAAGGAUGACGAAGAUAGUCCAGAACUAGACAYAUUUGAUUCGGAUUUGCAGGCUUACGUCGAAGAAAGACUUCAUCACGAAGGAUUUACCAAACGACAAGCUAGGACGGCGUUUGCCCAAAAGGGAARAGCAAAAACAGUUGGCGAAGAUCAAUGGGAGCAUAUCUACGAAGAUUGUUUGCAAUGGCUUUGUAUCCAUCUGGAAGAACACCAACUUCCAGAAGGGUUCGAUCCCAGAGGCGCCACUCUGGAAGUCGUAAAGGCUGGCACCAAUAGCGAUAGUAAGAAUUCAACUGAGGCUUUGGCAAUCGCCGCAAGAUUUGGAAUAUCUACCAAGGACUCCAAUUGGUUAUUGCAACAGCAGAAAGAACACAGCAGUCGAAGCUUGGAAAGCUUAUUCUGGGAACAGAUCUGCAAGAUUGCUAAUGUCGAAUUAUCCGGAGGAAAUAAUGGAAGCGACGAGGACGAAAACAGGGAAGUGGCUGCAGAAGAAUUCGAAGCCGUUCAAGCUAUGUUCGAUUCGGAUUGUAAAUUCAAACMUGAUCCGGGCGGCAAAUCCUCAACUCUCACUAUCAAACUACCCGAAAUGAUUGAUAUACAUAUGUCAUACAUUCCCGGGAAAUAUCCUUCUAUGUACCCAAAACACGUUCUUUCGAUUGGGAAAUGGGAACGGCCCGUAGGGGUUGCCUUUCAUGUUGAAAUGGCCAAAUUUUUGUCGGGCAUGACAUUGGGAGAUCCGAUGUUCUUUGAAAUUUACGGGGAGCAGCAGAACCUGUUUCAAACCAUUGACGAAUUACCUCUUUUGCCGCUGUCAUCUACGUCUCUUCCAAAAUCAAUCAACAAAUCAUCCGGAUCGUCAACGCCAACGUCAUCGACGUUAUUGACGGAGAAAAGCCCUCUCAAGAGGACAGCAUUAUCAAUGAGAAAACGGCCAAAAGCUCGCAGCGUCUUCUGGUCAACUUUACCYACUGAAACAACUCCGGCCACUCCCUUUAAUUGGAGCACUUCUAUGGAGCGGCAAAGAAAAGCCCUUCCGGCUUGGAAAGCGAGAACUGACUUCUUAACCAAGCUGAAGAAAUCAAGCGAGUCUUCAAGAGUAGUGCUUGUAACAGGUGACACAGGUUGCGGAAAGACCACACAAAUACCGCAAUUCAUUCUAGAAGAAAAUCCUGACACUGCCAAAAUUGUUGUUGCCCAGCCUCGUCGACUUGCGGUAAGUUAUAGUGUGGCAAUGAUGUUCAGUAGCCUGAAUUGGUUUUGACAGGAAUGRCUCUYAUACUCUUSUYUUCCUCUCACUUKAAAUCAACAAAAAWAAAAAGGCAACUGGAGUAGCUGCUCGAGUAGCUGACGAACGAGGUGAAACGCAAACCGGUACCGGUAGUGUUGGAUACGUUGUACGUGGAGAUUCAGCCUUCUGCAAAGAUACACGGCUGUUAUUCUGCACGUUUGGUAUUUUACUGAGACAACUUCAGUCCGAMGGAGCAUUGGAUUCUAUCACUCACAUCGUGAUUGAUGAAGUCCACGAACGAAAUUUAGACGGCGAUGUACUAAUGGGUUUAUURAGAGAAGCGCUUAARACUGUACCUCAUCUCAAAGUAAUUCUAAUGAGUGCUACCCUCGAUGCUGACAGAUUUGCAGCAUAUUGGGGGAAUGCUCCUCGGAUGCACAUACCCGGACGUACUUUUCCUGUCGAAGACUUCAUGUUGGAAGACGUUCUUGAAAAGACUGGWUAUAAUCCACCAAAAAAGAAGAGGAAACACGGUGGUUUCAAUAGAAAUGCUGGAGGAAAUAGGAGAUCAACAGCAUGGAAUGAUUCGGAAAUAUCGGAUGAUGAAAUGGAGGACSACCAUGAAGACGAAUCCACGCUGGAGAAAAAUKCUUCUGAAAAUAAAGUUAAACAGCCCGAGGUUCCGCUUGAAGAGAGAGUGAAACGCGUUGACCAAACUAGUGUUGACUACUAUUUACUUGGUUUCCUUGUGAAAUAUAUUGUCCAGACAAACCAAAUGGGAAGUGAUGGUUCCAUCUUAGUCUUUUUGCAAGGGGUUGGAGAGAUUUCACAGGCUCAGACUGUCGUUGCGAAUAUAACGAAAGGCAUGUCAAUCUUAUUAUUGCCUCUGCAUGGGUCACUGCAACCUCAAGAACAAAGAAAAAUAUUCAGGAAAACGCCAGGUCAGGUGAAAGUCAUUUUGAGUACRAAUGUGGCGGAAACAUCRAUCACUAUUCCCGACUGUACUGUUGUCAUUGAUUCUUGUCGAGAGAAGCAAUCAUCUUACGAUCCUGUAAACCGAAUGCCACUAUUGCUCGAUCACUUUGCAUCGAAAGCAUCACUWAAACAGCGUCGAGGUCGAGCUGGGCGUGUUCGAAAAGGAAAAUGUUACAAGCUAAUCUCGAGAGAUACUCACUCAARACUACCAGAUCAUACUGCUCCUGAGAUCAGCCGGUGUGCACUUGAUCAGACUCUGUUGUCGUUACUGUUUCUUGGAGCCGAAGACGGAAGUGGGAAWUUUUUACAAAAUUUGCUUGAUCCGCCCAGUGCAGCAUCUGUCAAGUCUGCCGCAWCGAGCCUACAGAAAUUGGGCGCUCUAGAGGAAGCGGGACCUGGUAAGCUUAUGCUUUCCCCAUUGGGAAUGCAUUUAGCAGGCAUUCCGGCACCUCCAACAAUUGGAAAAUGUAAGUUUUCGAUCCAUUCAAAGAAGUGGACUACAAUUAUACGCCACUUUUUCCUCACGUUUUGCUUGAAUUGCUCUUCGUUAUGUGCAGUACUCAUCAUGGGGUCUAUUUUAGGAUGCCAAACAGGUGCACUAGCCAUGGCUGCAGGGCUGAGCGUUGGACGAUCGCCUUUUUUGAAGAUUGAUGGACGGUCAAACGAUGAGAGAAAUCAAUCGAUUUUGCAAGAAAGAGCAAAACUUUUCGACACYUGUGGCAACAGUGAUCAUAGUAUGAUUGCAGCGGCAUUCAUGAAUUGGAAAAAGACGCCAAACGGUGCUGGGAGGAAAAAACGAUAUUGUGAAUCUCUAGGUUUGAGCUUCAAUGGAAUGAGAGACAUAAAUCAGCUUGUGCAGCAGUAUAGCUCUUCUUUAUCUAGAUCUGGAUUUCCAGCUUCGGUGGAAUCUGAUAGGAAUUCUCAGUCGUGGAGAGUCCUUCGUACGUGUGCCAUAGCAUCYAUGGCUCCAGAGCAGCUGGUGCGGGUGUAUCGACCCUCAACAAAGUACGAAGAAACAGCAGAGGGUGCGAAGUUGAAGGAAGGCGAAGCGAAAGGGCACAAGUUUUAUAUACGAACGGAAGAUAGCAAUGACACUGAAAAACGAUCCGAGGAAAGAGUAUUUUUGCACCCGUCGUCGGCCAUGUUUUCCGUUGGAUCGUAUAGCUGCCCAUGGCUUGUCUUCCAUUCCAUGGUUCGGACRUCCAAACCCUUUCUUCGUGAUGCGACCGAGUGCAGUUCCUAUGCCUUGCUCCUUUUCGGAGGGGCACUUACGGUAGAAGCUCGAAAUAGUGUGAUUCACGUCGAUGGAUGGGUUCGUUURUCAGCAAAUGCGAGGAUUGSAGCGCUCAUCCAGGGACUAAGGUCAAAGAUGGACGAACUGCUUCAGAAGAAAAUCGAYAAGCCGAACAUUUCGAUCUCAGAGACACCCGAGAUGAAACUAAUUGUGAAGCUUCUCAUCACUGACGGUCUUGGAUAAUUCAGUAAGGAUUUUCCCACACAAAUSAUAGAACGAAAUGGUAUAUUUACACUCUUUAUUUAAAUAGAGUUCUUCYUUUCAU